AUGCUUCCUCUUGCCAUUCAUCUCUAUCUCCUCCCAGUAAUGUGCAUCCUAGUGAAAAACUGCUUGGCUUUUAAAAAUGAUGCCACAGAAAUCCUUUAUUCACAUGUGGUUAAACCUGUUCCUGUACACCCUAGCAGCAACAGCACGUUGAAUCAAGCCAGGAAUGGAGGCAGGCAUUUCAGUAGCUCUGGACUGGAUCGCAACAGUCGAGUUCAAGUUGGUUGCCGGGAACUGCGCUCCACCAAAUACAUUUCUGAUGGCCAGUGCACCAGCAUCAGCCCUCUGAAGGAGCUGGUGUGCGCGGGCGAGUGCCUGCCCCUGCCGGUGCUUCCCAACUGGAUCGGAGGAGGCUAUGGAACAAAGUACUGGAGCCGACGGAGCUCACAGGAGUGGCGGUGUGUCAACGACAAGACGCGCACCCAGAGAAUCCAGCUGCAGUGCCAGGACGGCAGCACACGCACCUACAAAAUCACGGUGGUCACGGCCUGCAAGUGCAAGCGGUACACCCGCCAGCACAACGAGUCCAGUCACAACUUCGAGAGCAUGUCGCCCGCCAAACCCGCCCAGCACCACAGAGAGCGGAAAAGAGCCAGCAAAUCCAGCCAGCACAGCCUGAGCUAGAACUGGACUGACUAGAAAGCAUCUGUUACCCAGAUUUGAUGGCUUGGAAGACUCGAGCCUGCCAUUGCUCUCUCCUCACUUGAAAGUAUACGCUUUCUGCUUUGAUCAGGCCCAGCAGGCUGUCCUUCUCGGGGACCUUCUCUGGGACUAGCUUUUCCUUUGCAAGUUUCUCAAAAUGUAAUGAGUACAGUUUUCAGUGAAAGCCAGGCAUUCUGUCGUUUCCAUUCUUAAAAUGUACCUGAUGCUGUUUAAACAUCCUCAGUUUACAGUUUAAAACGCACCAUUCACUACCCCACCCUCACCCUUCCCAAACAAAACCCCUUCC